AUGUCGGAUGCUGUCUAUUCCAUUUUGAGUCGAUAUACACAACCACCACUUAUUAUCUUUGGGACUCUAGGUGCCAUAUUCAACCAAAUAUUGUUCUCUUCCCGAAAAUCUCUGCGAAGUAAUUCAUGCUCAUUUUAUUUUCGGGCACUGUCAAUCAACGAUUUACUCGUUAUAUACGCAUAUGUACUUCUUCAGUGGAUCGCUGAUCAAUAUAAAUUCGAUCUAUUAAAAACAUGCAUUCCGAUUUGUAAAAUCAAAACUUAUAUUAAUUGUAUUCUGUAUACUCUGUCACCGUACUUUGUCGUUUUGGCUUGUUUCGAUCGUUUGUGUACCAGUUCACGCAAUGCUAAUUUACGACGAAUUGCCACACCUCGUAUUGCAUCUUAUCUGACACUUGCGAUGAUAGUGAUUGUCGUUGCUGCCUACUCUCAUAUUCCUAUCUACACUACUCUGUUUCUUGGUCCAACCGGAUUCACUUGUUUAAGUACUAACCUAACGUACAGCAAGAUCAACGCGAUAUUUGUUUUGAUUUUUCUUGCAAUUUUACCUCCGGUUUUAAUGACAACGUGUUGUAGCACAACAUUGAUUCUUCUUCGUAUUCAACGUCGACGAGUUAUGCCUAUCAAUCAAGCACGUAUACGUCAGCGUGAUACCCAAAUAUUCAAAAUGCUGCUUCUCUAUGUGGCAUUUCACUUGAUAUGCACAAUACCAUUUAGUGUUGUUCUACUAAUUGCCGUUUAUCAACUACCAGCACCAUCAGCUACAAUCGUUUCACUAUAUCAAUCGUUUGUAUUACUGUUCAACGCAAGUUUUUCCAUUAGCUUCUACGUCUAUACGCUUAGUACACCGUUUUAUCGGCAUGAGUUUCUAAGUUUAACAAUGAACAUUUUCAAACGAUGUCGGAGAAUAAUUAAACCCAACUAA